GCCACAGCUCUUGUUCUGUGAUCAUGCUGGUGGAUGGACAGUGCUGAGGCUCAAUGUAGUGCCAGUAUAUAAUGACGCAAGUUGCUUAAAUGGGAUGCGUAGUCAGAGCUGAGAUUUUGUAUCAAAGCAGUAUAUGUAGCAUGACUUGCUCCAUGAUUGGGAUGUCGGACUCCUCAGACUCCAGCAUGUCUGGACACUAGAUGGUUGGAGUUCUUCUUGUUCAGUGCUGUAGAUGUAAUCUCCUGUUAUUGUAUUCCCCAGUCGGCAGCAUGCAGAUCCAGGAGUUGCUGAAGAGCCUGGGGGCCCAGGGCAGCCUGCGUUUCCCAGACGUCGACGAGAUCCAAAAGUUCAUACGCAGCCUGUCCACGCCGUCCCUGAUCGGGCUGGGUGCUUUCGCCACUCUCACUGCUUACUGGCUGGCCACACGACCACGGCCCAUCCGGCCACCAUGCGACCUGGAGCACCAGUCUGUACCUGUGCAGGGGGACCCCAGCUGCCGGAGGUCGGCUCUUCUAAAGGAUGAGACUCUGUUGGACUUUUACUACAAGGACACGAAGACGGCCUACGAGAUGUUCCAGAGGGGGCUCCGGAUCUCAGGUGAAGGACCCUGCCUCGGGUUCAGGAAACCCAAAGGUCCCUACGAGUGGAUCUCCUACAAAGAGGUUUCGGACCAGGCUGAGUUCUUGGGCUCUGGCCUCCUGAACCGAGGCUGUCUGCCUUCUCCAGACCAGUUCAUCGGGGUCUUCGCACAGAACCGACCCGAGUGGGUGAUUGCUGAGCUGGCCUGCUACACGUAUUCCAUGGCUGUGGUCCCUCUGUAUGACACUCUGGGUGAAGAGGCGAUGGUGCACAUUCUCAAUAUCGCGGAGAUCUCCAUGGUGAUCUGUGACAAGCCUGAGAAGGCGGGGACUCUGCUGGUCAAUGUGGAGCAGUCUCUGACCCCGGACCUCAAAACCAUCAUCCUCAUGAACUCGUGCAAUGCCGCCCUGCUGGAGAGGGGGAGGAACUGCGGGGUGGAGAUACUGCAGUUCCGAGACAUCAUGGAACAAGGUCGUCAGAACCGCAAAGCCCCUGUCCCCCCAGGUCCCGAGGAUUUAGCUGUGGUGUGCUUUACAAGUGGAACCACAGGGAAACCCAAAGGGGCGAUGAUCACUCACGGGAACAUAGCCUCCAACACCUCGUCUGUGAUCAAGAUCUUGGAGGGUUCGUUUGUGAUCCGCCAGGAAGACGUCACCAUUUCAUACCUGCCGCUCGCUCACAUGUUUGAAAGGAUGAUCCAGGUCUCCAUGUUCUGUCACGGUGCCCGGGUCGGGUUCUAUCAGGGCGAUAUCCAGCUUCUCACGGACGACAUCAAGACCCUCAAGCCAACCUUCUUCCCCGUGGUGCCUCGGCUUCUCAACAGGAUCUAUGACAAGAUCCUGGGAAGCGUCGCCUCCCCUCUGAGGAGGGCUGUCCUGCAGUAUGCUGUGCGGUGGAAGCAGGCAGAGCUGAGCAGCGGCAUUGUGAGGAACAACAGCUUCUGGGACCUGUUGCUGUUCAACAGGAUCCAGGCCAGUCUAGGUGGAAACCUGAGGUUUAUAUUAACCGCGUCGGCUCCCAUCUCCCCCAGCGUGCUCACCUUCCUCCGGGCUGUGCUGGGCUGCUUGAUAUUCGAAGGUUACGGGCAGACUGAGUGCACUGCCGGCUGCACCUUCUCCAUGCCAGGAGACUGGACUGCAGGUCAUGUUGGAGCCCCGCUGCCCUGCGCCUUGGUGAAAGUGGUGGAUAUCAAGGACAUGAACUACCUGGCAUCAAACGGAGAGGGGGAGAUCUGUGUUAAAGGGCCCAGCGUGUUUCAGGGCUAUUUGAAGGAUGCAGAGAAGACGUCCGAGGCGCUGGACUCGCAGGGCUGGCUGCACACGGGGGACGUGGGGAAGUGGUUACCGAACGGAGCCUUGAAGAUCAUUGACCGGAAGAAGCACAUGUUCAAGCUGUCGCAGGGAGAGUACAUCGCCCCCGAGAAGAUCGAGAAUGUGUACCUGCGCAGCGCGGCCCUGCUGCAGGUGUUUGUGCACGGAGACAGUCUGCAGUCUCAUCUCAUCGGAAUAGUUGUUCCCGAUCCAGAAGUGUUUCCUGGCUGGGCUCAGGAAAAGGGAAUUGUGGGAUCGUAUGAUGAGCUCUGCAGCAAUCAGGAGGUGAAGGAGGCAAUCCUGGAGGACAUGACAAGGCUUGGGAAGGAAGCCGGGCUCAAGUCCUUCGAACAGGUGAAAGAUCUUUACAUUCAUCCAGAAAUGUUCAGCAUCUUCAAUGGGCUUCUCACCCCGACCAUGAAAGCCAGACGUGCCGACAUCCGGAAGCGUUUCCAGGGUGAGAUCAGCAGGCUGUACUCAAAGACUGCUCUUUAACCCAGCCUGGGAUCAGACACUGGGUGGGGCGGGGCAGGACUGGGGACAGGAGGGGCAGCUGCAGCAGCCCCUUCCCUGCCUGGUGGAUUCAGGAAAAGUGAAGCUGCAUAGCCUGGACUGCACUAAAAACCAGCAACAUGAGCAAAAUAGGAAAGAGAGCCCGACCAAGUGAAAACCUGAACACACCUAGAACUGUGAUCCACAGCGCCCCCUGCUGGGAAAACAGUGAGCUGCCUCUUAUUUAACUUGAAGCCUCUUUGGAAUUUAAAAAGCUCUGGGACACUCUGACUGGUCAGGGAAGUUGUGGAGGCUUCUCUGAGGGUAGCUCACCCUGGUAUGUUGAGAAAUUUGCAAUCCUGUUUCCAACCAGCCAGGGUUUGUUUUGUUUUGUUUUUUGCAGAUCAAAUCUGAACUAAUCAGUUUUUCUUUUUUUUCCUAAUGUGUUUUUGUAUGUUCACUAAUGUGCUUGCAUGACCCCCCUGUCACUGUUUGGAAAUUGUGUAGCCUGUACUAUUGGGACUCUGUUAGCGGUCGCUUUCUUGAGUUCAAGUUCAAAAUCAUUUUUGUGGACCAGUUUAGUCUCUAAGUUCUCCGACGGGGGGACGGUCUGCAGUGAGUAUGGGCGUGCCUUUGAGCUGCAGCUGCCCCGGGUCUGAGGUGAAGCCCACUGUGACAACUCCUGACUGUCUUGGUCUUUCACUGCACUGCUGCUAGCGGCACCCUGUUCAUAACCCACUGCGCUGCCACAGCACCUGUAUUAGGACUGAGUUACACUGUGGGUGUCAGAGCCCUGGAUCAGGCAUAGGAAGUAGGAUGCUCUUCCAAAUUGUCCUGGAGCCCCUUAAGUUAUUGUUACUAUGAACAAGGAGAUUAACUGUUUGCAUGAGACAUAGCCCCCUGACAAUUUUCAAUUAUACAUCUGUUUACCAGUUAAUACCGUAUAGAUUAGUAAAUACACAUACACACAGGCCCCUACACACACGCACACGCACAGGGGCCUCUACACUCAGAGGCCCGCACACACAGAGAGGCCCGCACACACGCCCACACACACACACACGCACGCACAUGUUCCUAUACAGUGGCACCGGUAGAUAUUCACAAACCACAUCGUCUCAUAAAUGCUGAUCUAUAUGUUUGUUUGUUUGUUUAAAUGGGAGGCAAUGCUUUUUGAUUGUAGUGUUUUGUUUUUUAAUGAUCUAAAGC